AUGGCGGAUGCCGAAGAAGCGCAACACGUCGAACAGGGUGGACUUCCAGUGGAUGUGAAGGCCACUGGCGUGCACCAGGGACGCAUCCAGUUGCUCGCCGAGUCCGGUGACAUGAUUCUGCCGGAGCACAGCAAAAAACAGCGAACGCCGCUGCACAUCGAUAUGGACGCGAUACGCCGGGCUGCAAAGGAGCUGCACGGGGACUCUAGCCCCAAGAGCUUCCUGGAACAGAACCCCACCUUACAGAAGUUGCUGGAACACACGCACGACAGUUAUCCGGAUUUCAUCGCCGCGCUGAAUCGCAGCGGCGUGCCCGACUAUGCUCCGUGGAUGCUGGAGCUGUGCCGAAGAGCGCUCGGCGACACCUGCAGCACCCGGACAAUUGUAGGUGCUGUGCCCCUUUGUGGUCACCGGUUCUCUGACAGUCGACGGCUGUAUGGCGGACGCAGGGCCUGUCUUAAAUGUGGCGUGGGCGGGGACCUGAACGCUCACGCGGUGCAUACCGACGGCGAGAUGUAUGUCAAAGGAGAUAUCGAGGCGGAGGCCGUCUACGGCUACUACAACGACCACACCCUCCGGGCGAGCACUAUCUGCGCCCGCCUGGUUAUCGAGGACGAGCACUAUACAGAGGCGGACGUGGAAGCAGAUGUCCAUUUCGACCUAGACACCUACCAGCAGGGCUACGGCGAAGGUGUCCAGGAGCAGCUGCGCGAGGUCCUGGUGGACGAGGUGUUUACUUAA